AUAAGACGCAUGAGAGAGCUCCCGCGGUAUAUUAUAUUCGGAUUGGACCAGACGAUCAUGGAGAGAGUUUGCAGCAUACCUGUAGUACGUGCUCUGGCCUUGGUGGCAAUUCUCUACCAAUGCGCUACUGCUGCAGCUGAUCACGCCGCAGCCGCAGGAGCAGUCCACAACAAGAGGGGCGAUUCAUGCCCCCUGAUCAUGGGAAGAGAUGACAUUUGCAACCUCGACUACAACCAGAUCACGUGGCCCGGUACACACAACUCUGGCUCCGGAUUCAACGGGCCCCUGGUGUUUCGCAACGGUUUCCCCACCCCUGGCUGCGUCUACAGGAACCAGGACCUAAACUACACCGCACAGCUGGAUUUUGGCAUCCGUUGGUUCGACAUUGACCUCUGCUGGGUGACAGAUGGAGAGGCCACCACAGCCGUCUCUGCAGGACUCUGGACAUGCCACAGUAAUGGCUACGCCGGAAAAGUUGACGAAAUCUUGCGUCAAGUCAACGACUGGCUCAAUAUGUCUCCGAACUACUUUGAGAUUGUGUCCCUGUUUUUCAAUGGAGACUAUGACCGCUCACGAUCGGAGCCCAUAGCAAAUGCCUUGAAUGAACUCCUGGAGAGUUACUGGACCGUUCAGCCUCUCAAGACGAAGAGGAGCAGACCAUUCCUGACAAUGAACUCGGCAUUCAACACCACUGGAGAAUGGCCGACACUGAUAUUAGCCGCUAACAGAAACGAACGUGUGUUUGUGUUUGUGCAUGAGAGUCUUCAACUGGGGGACCAGCCGUGGGCCCACGACCCAGUCCCCAGCACUAGUCCCAGUCAGGUGAUCAAGGACAGCUGCGACGGUCUCAUCGACUUCUCUCGUGGAGCCUGCAAUGUGUGCACCGACCUGUGGGCGAUUGACGCCAUCGGGAGUCGAGGCAACUGCAUUUACAGAACGGCCGAAAUCUGCAAUACCAUCACCUACAACGUCACCAGAGACUGUCUGGAUCUGAGGAUGGAGUACGGGAAGACCCUGAACGUGAUCGAGGUAGACUUCCCCGACAGGGCCCCCGAAGGUCUCUCUGUCGUCGACAUUGCCAACAAAUUCAACACCCGCAAUUAUGAGUUCUUUUUUAUAAAUACGCCGACAGAACUACCCAAUGCGACCGAGUGUACCCCAGACUUUACUCCGACCCCGUCUCCUUCCCCCACACCCCGACCAGCCACCUACUGCGACGCGCUGAAGCAGAUUGCGGAGAUGCCGCUUUACUACUUCCAGUGCUCUCCCAACGAGGCCUGCGAUACUCUGCUCUGCCCCACGGACCUGUUUGCUGACGGUUUUCUCUACAGUAUCGACAUUUCGGUCGUGAGAGAGUGCAACAUGGAUGCGGCGUUUGCGAUGGAGAUUUUCACUCCACUUGGUGGCUCAGCUGGUAGAGUGGAGGCUAACACAACCGGUGUCUACCUUUUACUGGCGUUUCCUCUCGUCAUCACUAUUGAUCAAAUGGAAGACGCCAUUGGAGUGGGGGUGAGCACGAUUUUUUUAAUCCCAUUGCACAAAAGAUGUUACUCCAUCAUCAUUGUGCAGGUGGUGAUAAACACAGGGGACAACAGAGGUGUUGAUAACACUGUUCUGACAUACACAGUCAUCCCACUGCCUACUGCACCAGAGUGUCCAACCUCCGGUGUUAGUGGUGUGGUGGUGAGUCUGGCUCAUCUCCUACUGCCUCUGGCUCUUGUUCUCCUCCUAUAGCCAGUCUAGCUGUGUACAAUCUCAAUUGUAGUCUUAGUCUAGUAUAUAGCUGAGAUACUGACUUCAGACAUUAUAGCUAUACAUCAUAAUGAAUUUUGAAUAUUUUGUGCUGUCUGAUUCAUUUUAGUUUGAGUUUUAUUUUGAAUGUUUUCGGAACGUGUCUUAUGGUGAGGGAGACACGAGUGGAUCUGUUUAAUUCCUCUGCAAAUGACAGGGGCUGACCCAGCCUGGAGCCAUUAGCCACUCUCUGUUGAUCAGAGACCGUGUCUUUCUCUCUCUGCGAUAUUCCAUGUAGAUAUCUGCAGAGGUUGAUGUGAUCGUAGUAUUUAGGCUUCGUUAUAAGCCAUUCACAUUAUUGGUGAGCGAAGUGAGCCCACCUAGUCGUCUGAAUACGGGACUUUUGUAUAAAAUGCACAGGCACUGUCACAUACCGCAAUGUAUUACGUGGUACUAUAUAAGCGUACUAUAUAAGCGUACUAUAUAAGCAUACUAUAUAAG